CAGGAGGUCAUCUCGGUGUGGAGGACAGGAAGAAGUCAACUCGAUGCUGCUCACAACAUUUAUUUUAAUUCACAACCGAUUCACGCCGACCGAUGAGCAGCGGGGUGUGUCGGAGGCUCCUGCGGGCAGCCGGCUCCUCCCCGGCCGGCCGGAGCCGGGUUCCGUCCUCGUCCUCCUCCGACGGCCCUCUGCGGGCCGGGCCGACGUCUGAGCCCCGCAGACGGCUGUCGGAGUCCGGCGGCAGAGUGAACGUGUUCGACAGGGAGAUGAAGAAGAGGCAAAAGAACUGGUCCGCGUCGCUGCAGGACGGACACAAGUACGAGUACCUGCGGGACGAGGUCGGCAGCCGAGUGGCAGACCGGGUCUAUGACAUAGCGAGGACGUUUCCUCUGGCUCUCGACAUCGGCAGUGGAAAAAGUCACAUUGCAGAGCACUUGAGCAAGGACGUCGUGGAGCGUUUGGUCCUCACAGACGUCUCGAGGAAACUCUGGUGAGACCUGAAUCAACCUGAAAUCCCGACUCGUCGCGUUCUCAGCACGAGGAGUUUCCUGCCGUUCAAGGAAAACACCUUUGACCUGGUGGUGAGCAGCUUGAGUCUGCACUGGACUAACGACCUGCCCGGAGCCCUCAAACAGAUCCACCAGGCGCUGAAGCCGGACGGGGUGUUCAUCGGGGCGAUGGUGGGUGGGGACACCCUGUACGAGCUGCGGUGCUCCCUCCAGCUGGCCGAGAGCGAGAGGGAGGGGGGCUUCUCCCCCCACGUCUCCCCCUACACGGCCGUCACAGACCUGGGCCACCUGCUGGGCCGGGCCGGCUUCAGCAUGCUCACAGUGGACAUCGAUGAUGUUCAGGUUCACUAUCCAGGAAUCUUUGAAGUCAUGACCGACCUCCAAGGCAUGGGCGAGAGUAACUGUUCCUGGAACCGGAGGUCGCUGCUGCACAGAGACUCCAUGUUAGCAGCAGCAGCCAUUUACAAAGAGAUGUACGGCAACGAGGACGGCUCCGUCCCGGCCACCUUCGAGAUCCUCUACAUGAUUGGCUGGAAGCCUCACGAGUCCCAGGCCAAACCAGUAAAGCGAGGCUCAGCCAACGUGUCGUUUAAGGAUUUGUCAAAAAUCAGCCAGCCGACCGUCAACCUGAGCCAAUGAACAGCUGACGUACUGCAGAUUGAAGAUAAUGUAUUUUAUUUAAACAACUACUAUUUUGUUGCCGAAUUAAAACGCCUAGAAGAUG